ACAAGCAGAAUCUUCAGAACAGGUUCUCCUUCCCCAGUCACCAGUUGCUCGAAUUAAGAGUUGUCUGCAAUGGCCGCCCUGCAGAAAUCUGUGAGCUCUUUCCUUAUGGGGACUCUGGCCACCAGCUGCCUCCUUCUCUUGGCCCUCUUGGUACAGGGAGGAGCAGCUGCGCCCAUCAGCUCCCACUGCAGGCUUGACAAGUCCAACUUCCAGCAGCCCUAUAUCACCAACCGCACCUUCAUGCUGGCUAAGGAGGCUAGCUUGGCUGAUAACAAUACAGACGUUCGCCUCAUUGGGGAGAAACUGUUCCGCGGAGUCAGUAUGAGUGAGCGCUGCUAUCUGAUGAAGCAGGUGCUGAACUUCACCCUUGAAGAAGUGCUGUUCCCUCAAUCUGAUAGGUUCCAGCCUUAUAUGCAAGAGGUGGUGCCUUUCCUGGCCAGGCUCAGCAACAGGCUAAGCACAUGUCAUAUUGAAGGUGAUGACCUGCAUAUCCAGAGGAAUGUGCAAAAGCUGAAGGACACAGUGAAAAAGCUUGGAGAGAGUGGAGAGAUCAAAGCAAUUGGAGAACUGGAUUUGCUGUUUAUGUCUCUGAGAAAUGCCUGCAUUUGACCAGAGCAAAGCUGAAAAAUGAAUAACUAACCCCCUUUCCCUGCUAGAAAUAACAAUUAGAUGCCCCAAAGCGAUUUUUUUUUUUAAGCAAAAGGAAGAUGGGAAGCCAAACUCCAUCAUGAUGGGUGGAUUCCAAAUUAACCCCUGCUUUAGUUACAAAGGAAACCAAUGCUACUUUUGUUUAUAAGACCAGAAGGUAGACUUUCUAAGCAUAGAUAUUUAUUGAUAACAUUUUAUUGUAACUGGUGUUCUAUACACAGAAAACAAUUUAUUUUUUAAAUAAUUGUCUUUUUCCAUAAAAAAGAUUACUUUCCAUUCCUUUAGGGGAAAAAAACCCCUAAAUAACUUCAUGUUUCCAUAAUCAGUACUUUAUAUUUAUAAAUGUAUUUAUUAUUAUUGUAAGACUGCAUUUUAUUUAUAUCAUUUUAUUAAUAUGGAUUUAUUUAUAGAAACAUUAUUUGAUAUUGCUACUUGAGUAUAAGGCUAAUAUUGAUAUUUAUGACAAUAAUUAUAGAGCUAUAACAUGUUUAUUUGACCUCAAUAAACACUUGGAUAUCCUAA